CGCGCCCACGCGCAUGCUUAACAUUCGAAACAGAAGAAGAAGCGGUCUGCCGGCACAAGGCUAGGUCGUUCAUUGAGCUCUUGGACAACAACAAAAGAAAGGCGCUCGAGUCAUGUCGAGCCCGAACGACCCACAUCCCGUUGCCAGCACCAGCAAGUCCUCGACCAGCACGGGCCCGAGGGAGUACACGAUCAGGCCGCUGCUUUGGGAGGAGUUGCCUCUCACGAAAGAGCUCCGUCUCGAGAUAGGCUUCGUGACUGGCACUCACCAUCUCGAGACCCUCUGGAAGACAGACCCCGGAAGCAUUUACGGAGCAAUAACCGAUGACGGCGAGCUGUACGGCGUGUGCGCCGUGCCGUUCGUGGGCACAGACAUGGCGUACCUGGCGCUGCUGGGCGUCGUGGCCAAGUGGAGGCGCCAAGGCAUCGGCAAGCGGCUGCUCGACGAGGCCUUGCGGCACGUGGGUUCGCAGAACAUGUACCUCCACUGCCUGCCGUCGCAGGUCCGCUUGUUCAGGGACAAGCACAACUUCCAAAUGUACGCCCGUGAGCUCAAGUCUCUGGGUCCCGGAAAGCCCAACGUGUCAGCACUGGUGCAGACUGUACCGGGCAUCGUGGUGGAGGCUGUCGGCGAGGAGACGCUUCCGAUGGUCGUGCGGUACGACGAGCGAGUCUUCGGCUGCUCCCGCCAGAAGUUCGUCGAGCUCUCCCUGGCCGAGGUGGACGCCCACACCGCAGUCGCGCGGCGCGGCUCGAAGACCGUGUGCGGCUACGGAUUCUCGACGGGAGACAUCUACGGGAACCGCAUCGUGCGCGGCAUCUUCGCCGACUCGGAGGACAUAGCCGAGGCGCUUCUGGCAUCCGUGCUGCAAGACGCACAGUGUGUCACCGCCAUCGUGAAAAUGCUAGACGCGGAGGAGGUCUACUUCGAGAGGAAGAUCGGCCUCAAGCGGUGCUCCGACAUCAAGACCCUCUUCCGCUGGCCCUUCAGGGGCGGAGACUUCACCAAGAUAUACGCCAUCGGCUAAGCCUGGUGGGCCGCGGGCCACAUUAAAAAAGCCGCCGUGUCAACAUACGUGCCCAAGAAUUUGAUUAUUUGUGCUGCCUCCAAUUGGCUUAUAGAUGAAUACCUGAUCGCGUCCCGAUAAGGUUUGGGCAUUAUAAGACGUCUUAAAAUCGUGACUGUCAGAGAAACGAUAAGUACGAGCUUUGUCAGG